UACCACUGCAGGGCAAUAGUACAUUAUAUUUUUUAAUUUUUGGCGUUACUGUUCUUUUAAACUUAUAUCGGUGUGAUAUAACAGCCUAUUCCAACAGGGCGUCCUCCUCCAUUGAGAUGGAACAUGCCCUUACGUCAAUGACCAAACACACGCUUGUGGUUCUGAGGUUCGGUCCGAGGCACGGAGUGCGCGUUAUUUAGUGCUUGGGCUACACAUUAAAAGGUCACUGAUGUAGGCCUGUGUGUGUGUGUGUGAGUGUGUGUGAGUGAAUAGGCUAUGGUAUCAGUGCGACACUGCUGUCUGGGUGCCUGUAUCACAAACACAAUGUUCUUUCCGUGACCUUAGAACAUUUAGCAAUACAAUUCUCCAUGACAUAUACAGAGAGGCUGCCCUGUUUGGGUCUCUUUCAACUCCUCCUACAUGUCCCUCCUUCUCUAGUUCACGCCUGGCUGUGUGUCACGUCACAGAUACAGGUGUCUGUGUAGCACGAGACUUCACACUUACUAGUGCCUUCCUACUCUGUGUGUAACUCGCAUCUCUCUUCAUUUAUAUCCAGACACUGGCUAUACUCCCGGCAGUCUUUUUCCACCAAGUGUACCCUGCUGAAAAUAUGCUCCCAAGGUUCCUGGCUUGACAACUUUUUAUAAACAGUGGAAUUCCAUUUGGGAUGGGGAACAUUCCUUGUAAGAAAGGGUACAGCGCUAUUGAGGCCAGUCUAACCAACCUGGAUAGAAACCAAGCCAGAGAGUCAGCGGCGGACAAGUGCAUCUUUGUGGCUUUGUACAAUUUCCCGCUUGGAGGCCAAACAGAUCUCAGCAUUCGUUUCGGAGAGCAGCUAAACAUCCUCUCUGAAGAUGGGGAUUGGCUAAAAGUCUCCUCGCUAUCUACAGGACACGAGUGCUACCUACCAACAAAUUAUGUGGCCAAAGUGUGCAAUAGGUGGCUGUACCGGGGCAUCAACAGGGAGAAAGCAGAAGAACUGCUGAUGGUAAACUCUAACCAGAGCGGCUCCUUCUUGAUCCGGGAAAGUGAGACGAGAAGUGGAAGUUAUACUUUGUCAAUAAGGAAAACAAGCCAGAGCUCAAGGGAUUCCAUCAAGCAUUACCGUAUCCACCAGUUGGACAAUGGCUGGUUUUACAUCGCCCCGCGCCUGACAUUCGCUACACUCCAAGACAUGGUGGAUUACUAUUCAGAAGUGGCAGAUGGGAUUUGUUGCACUUUAAGAGAGGCGUGCGUUGUGCAAAGGGUUUCAAACCCCGUCAUCCAAAGGCCGUCGGAACCCAUCGUUGUCAGAAAGCCAACCCUCAACUGGAAGGAGCUCGACAGUUUGGACCUGUUUAACAAAGAGGACAAGUUAAACGAAGAUUGCCCGGUAAGCCUCGGGCUCAGGGAAGCCGUCAGCUCCUAUAUGCUCAUGACGCAAGACUCCGACUCCAUGACAGAGGUAGAAAAGGAACAUUGGUGGCAAACCUGCUGAUUUUCAUGCAAUUGGACUAAAAUGGCAUGAAACCUUCCAUAUAGCCAUGGAAAGAAUUACUGUCAUUAUCUUUAUCUACCAGACAUGUCUCGAUCAUUCUGGCACAGAUUAUUCACUUUUUUCUUUGAAAGAAAACUCUUGGUGGAAAAUUUCCGCAUUCUUUUUCCUUUAUUAUGAACUGCUCAGUACAAGUUCGGCAGAAAAUUGCAGGUCAAUUCUUUGUGUCUUGUACUCCGAGAGACCGCCUGGUAUUAUAUUUAUAGCAGCUGAGCUGCUCUGUCUGUACAAAUGUCUGCGCCUCUGUGUUCGCCGUAGGGUUCGUCGAUGACGUUUCAGUAGAAAGUCCGACAAUGUUGCCGUUUAUAAAGCAUGUAAAGUUUAUGGGUUGUUUUUGCUCGGCCACAGAGCAAUGAACUCUUUCAGAUCAUGAUCGCUUGUGUGAGAAGCAGAGUCAGACUGGGGGAUGCAGGGCCCACCGGGCUCCCGCCCCAGGGGCCCUGCAGGUUCCCCAGCCAGCCGU